AUGUUUAGUUUUACAGAGUUUUUGGAUCCAUUCCAGAGAGUUAUCCAGCCAGAAGAAAUCUGGCUUUAUAAAAAUCCUUUGGUACAAUCAGACAACAUACCUACACGCCUCAUGUUUGCAAUUUCAUUCCUCACGCCACUGGCUGUCAUUUUUGUGGUGAAAAUAAUCCGGCGGACAGACAAGACUGAAAUUAAAGAAGCCUUCUUAGCUGUUUCCUUGGCUCUCGCUCUGAAUGGAGUCUGCACAAAUACUAUUAAAUUAAUAGUGGGGAGACCUCGUCCCGAUUUCUUUUACCGCUGCUUUCCAGAUGGAGUAAUGAACUCUGAAAUGCACUGCACAGGUGAUCCAGAUCUGGUGUCUGAAGGCAGAAAGAGUUUUCCCAGUAUCCACUCUUCUUUUGCAUUUUCAGGCCUUGGCUUUACGACCUUCUACUUAGCUGGAAAGUUGCACUGCUUCACUGAAAACGGCCGAGGGAAAAGCUGGCGGCUUUGUGCAGCAAUUCUGCCUCUGUAUUGUGCCAUGAUGAUUGCCCUGUCACGCAUGUGUGAUUACAAGCAUCAUUGGCAAGAUGCUUUUGUCGGCGGAAUCAUUGGCCUAAUUUUCGCUUAUAUUUGCUACAGACAGCACUACCCACCUUUGGGUAACAUGGCUUGCCAUAAACCUUACGUCAGCCUCCUAGUUCAGACCUCAACGAAGAAGGAAGAGAGACCCACAGCAGAUAAUGCUACUGGCCUGCCUCUAGAGGGAAUAACUGAAGGACCAGUAUGACUAAUAAAUGUGCACAAUGAACUUUUAGCCCUUCUCACAUUCCUCCAAACUGGUCUCUUAACAUGAUGUUUCCUACAGUACAUUUGGGCGGUGAUUUUUUUUUUUAAAGAUAUUCUUUUUCAUACAGUAACAUCCUCUUGCUUUUAAGGUUCAGUUUUGAGUACAUACUGUUUUGUCCAGCUGUCUGUUUUCAGUCUGUUGCCAGAGCAGAAAAAAAAAAUCCAGAGAGAAAACAAGCGUCAAUAGAGAGAACAUGCCAAAUCCAAGUUAGUUAACUGAAUAGUUUUGAAAGAGAGGUAUUUGAAGAUACAGUCAAUCUGAAAACAGUGGAUGUUGUGUGAUGCUGAGCGCCUCCUAGGAAGUAGAUUGUCCUCAACUGUCGGUAACUUCAGUGGGUGUUGAGUGCAGUCCUCACUUUCAGGAGGUUUUCAGCAACUGCCAUAAUCAGCCCUUGGACUGUUUCUUUAUAUAAUUUGAUGUGUAAGGGGCAACCUCCUUAUGUUUAUGUUGUGGUCUUCUAACAUAAUAAAUCUUCCACAUGAUGUGAAUGCUUUGUGCUAGUUGUCAAGUUUUGGCAGGGUUAUUCUGAGCUGGUAAUUAAACAGUUGCUGAAAUGUAUGAAGAGCAAGAAUCUGAAAAGAGCCAAGUCUACUCACAUCAAGGGUUUUGGAGGAUGAAGCUGACAGCAGAGUGAGCCAAAUCUGUGGAAAUUGUCAGCUUGCAAUAACAUAUGUUCAUAGGCUGGAUUAGAAACUGGGUAUUAAAAUAUUAGCAUUUUUUUCUGAGAGCUCAGGCAGUAAUUAUUUUCAAAAUUGAAUGAAACCACAGCAACUCCCACGACAUACAACAAGCUGCAAUCUUAAAAAAAAACAAACAAGCAAAAAUCUUAAAACUGUGCAGUUGAAGAAACACCAUGUUUUCUGUGAAUCUCAAUGUGCCACAGCUGUCCUGGUAGAACUGUCUCUAAUGAGACACUCCAGCAUUGGUUGUGAUCUUAAGGAAUGUAAAGAUUUUGGUUCAUGAGCAUUGGUUUCACAUGUAUGAAUGCUUCCAUCAGUUUCCAGCACUGUACUAUGCCUGGCUGAAUUCUGAGAAAAAUAUUCCAUUUGCUCAUUUCCCUAUUUUCAAUUCAUCAUAUUCCUAAGCCUAGCAUUUGUAAGGGUAUCUUGCCGCCUGAUCCAAAGCCCAUUAAGUCAAUGGGAAUCAUUUCAUAGUAAUCCAAUAGGCUUUCGAUGAGGUGCAGAAGAGGUAGCGAUGUGUAUGACCAAUCUAUGUUAGUUUAUUUUUUUUUAGGUUCAUGUUUCCAUUCAUUAUUCAUACACUAUGACAUAUUAAAAAUAUAUCACACUCCAGUGAAAUGAUGUACCGUUGAAUGGCAAAGUGUCAGCUUCCAGCAUUUCCUUUAAUAGAUGGAUUAGAAAAGAGCAGGUAAAAUGUUCUAAAAAUCACAUCCUGACAGUUGAACAUUUCUGGGCAAGAACAGCUCGUUAAGGUGAUCAUAACCGCUUUGAUCAACAAUAUCCAUUAUGGUGCUUUAGACUGGAGGAGACCGGUGCCAUAGCUACCUUAUAACUAAUGUGUUCCUGUUGGAAUAUGUAUUGGCCUUGUAGGCGUUUUGUGAUUCAAAAAAGCUGUGUGUCUCAGUGUAAAGGCUUGUCAUUUAUUUUUGUCAAAGGUACACUUUGUAGAUUUUUUGAGAAGAGCUAUUCCCUCAUUGGCAACACUUGAAUUUUUAUAGAAGAAAAAGAAGUUAUGAACCCUUUUUCUAAAUAAAAAAAUAUGCAUGCAAAAGAAUACUGCCAAACUCAUUUAAUGAAAACAUAUACAAAAUUGUGAAAUAUACAUUAAUAGGAAAUUACC